UUAGGCAGCAAAAGAACUCAGAAUAUUUUUCUUUACUUAGCUGUCUCUUUAUUAAAGCAAUCCUCUUCUUUUGAAUUCAAAACAUAAAUCCCACCCCACCACCCAUCAAACACCAUAUCCCACCUUCUUAUUCUCAUUUUUCUUUCUUCUAUCCCUCAAUCUAACCUUGCCUACACUCAAAGAACACCAAUUUCCCCAAACUUCCCUUUUCGUCGGAAAAAUGUCCGAACAACAACAACAACCGGAGCAAACACCAUUGGUGUACCCGGUCUCUGAGGCAAGCCCGCCAGUACACCGCCAGUCAGACGGUGGUUCAUUUGGGGCGGUUUUCAUCGUCCUGGCGGUGAUAGUGGUGGUGUCAGCAGUGGCUUGUUUUCUUGGGCGCCUGUGUAACAAGCGCCACAACAAAUCCAAGCCACCUAAGCAUGGGCACGCUGCUCGCGGGCCCAAAGAGAAAGAAAUGAAGCCUAACCGUAACGCGUUUCAAACGAAAGAUGGAGACAUUGAGUUUGGAUUUGAUAAGCGGUUUUCAAGUGCUAAGGUGGCGGCUAAUGGUGAGCCGAUGAUGGGUAGGCCUAAUUCAUAUAAGGAACCGUCUAUGGGAAGAUCCGACCCGUCUAUGGGAAGACCCGACCCGUCUAUGGGAAGGCCUAAUUCGUUUCGUAAGGGUGAAUUUAGAGAUGAUCAAAUGAGGUAUGGUGGUAAUCAAGAUCAUGAGAUGAAUUUUAAAUCAGGGCAAGGACCACAACAUUAUUGAAUGUAGAAAGCAGGAUGGUGUUGUAAGAUAAACAACAUUUGGUUAUAGUUUGGCUAACUAGAUGUUCUUUUAAUGGUGGUUUAUUAUUUCAUGUGUAUUCCUUCUUAAUUAUAUGAUUAAUUAUGAAGGUGAUUUCCUGAAUUUAUGAAGAUUUAAAUUCGAGUUGUCUUA